AUGGCAUUAAAAACGGAAUGGAAAGGUUGUUUCCAGCCUCACCACGGCACGAUGAGUGAGGCGGUAAUUUUGGUGUUCCUUCGUCACAAGUCAUGGGCAACGUACUUUGCUCCACAGCAUGGUGUAUGGGCGCCAUGGCACAGUAGGCAAAUCAUCAUUCGCCGGCCAACAGGCCUUGAAGCCACAGAACGAGCUCGUCAGGAAGACCGGCAGCUUCAAUGGCGGCCGCUUCACCAUGCGUCGCACAGUCAAAAGUAUGGACCAGAUCGUCCAAAGUACUUGGGCCCAUUUUCCGAGCAAACCCCAUCAUACUUGACCGGUGAAUUCCCCGGUGAUUACGGGUGGGACACCGCCGGACUCUCAGCACAUUUGCCAAGAACCGUGAGCUCGAAGUGA